AUGGCGCAGCCGACCGUGCAGGAGUGGGCGUGGGUCCAGUACGCCAGGGCCGCCAUGUUCCACCAGCGGCUGGUGCUCGGAGUCUUGGCGGGUUUUCCAACGGAAGCGCAUGAUGUGCUGGUGGCCGCGCCCGACAGCGACGUGUACUGUGAGACGCACGGCGGGACCGACCCGAACGUUGCUGCCGCGCGGUGGAGCGAGAGCCGACGCCCUCCACCUCUGGGGGUCCUUCGGGGCUCCUACGGGUGCAGGCGAGAGCCGACGCCCGCCGACCUGCAGGAGUUCCAGAGGCUGGCGAGGAUCGCGGCCCGAGACGAGCACGACCUGGGCUGGAGCCUGCCGGAGGCGCUCUGCUGCCGCCGCUGGCCGAUCCAGGGCGCCCACCGCACGCCGCGCCGCGUUUCCCCAGCCAGGGAGACGGAGCGGCUCGAGCGGUGGGAGGUGGAGAGGCUAUGGGUGCUGGGGGCCGCCCUGCCGUUGGGGGCGCUCCCGCGGGCGCAGCGGGCGAGGGCGGAGCUCCGACCCCGGCGCCGCCUCGCCCCGGUGCCGUCCAGGGAGGUCGAGAGCCACGUGCGCCGCGAGACGAUCGCCGACGCCCGCAUCAUGCCGAUCGAGCUGGUGGUCGAACAAGGGGUGGUGACGCCGUUCCAGGACUGGCUUGCGCAGGGCCCUCGCACCGCGGAGUGGGCGAUGUGGUUUCUGGACAGGCGGGGAGGCGGACCUGGACACCAUCAUGCGUGGUGGCGGCAGGUGAACCGCCUUCAGCGUGGAGAUUGGGGAGUCGAGGUUUACGAGAAUGGACCUCGAGCCUUGGAGGUGGCCGCCAGCUACGAUGCGCUUGAGGUCGCGAACUGCGCCUGCUUGGAGAUCAUUGCUCGAGAGUGGCAUCUGCCCGCGGGAGGCCAUGCCGCACCUGACGAGAAGGACGGGAAGGACAAGAAGAACCGUGGCAAGGGCCGCUGGCGAGGGGGAUUGCUGGACGAGAGUGAUUCCUUCAUGGGGCGGCAUCGCGAGACCAGGGAGCGCAUGGCAUCUCCAGACUUGCUGGACGUCGUCGCCCGAGAGGUCGAGAGAGAUGCGAGUGCGAUGAAGCAA